AUGAGGGCGCCUUCCUCAUCGCCGGUCAUGUCGGCCGGUAGGCUUGCAGCCGCCCUUCUUUCAGCCGCCCUGAUCGGCGCCCCCACCACCCGCGCCGUCUCCUUCGAAGCCGUCGAUUCGCCGAACAUCGACAUUUCUGAGCUUGGCCGCGUCGCCCUCGCCGGCAAUUUCGACGCCCUCUCCAUCUACGAGUGGGUCGGCCAAGAGCAAAACACGUACCUCACAAAUGGCAGCCAGGCAAUCCUGUCGCGUUUCCCAAACGGCGCCUUCGCCAACAUCGCCGUGGGUGACGCCAACAUCCAGGCCAUGUGCCCUUUCGUGAAGGACGGAUCCCUGACCGGCAUUGUCAUCGGAGGAAACUUCACCAGCUUAGGCGGCGUCGAGACGCCCGGCAUAGCCCUUUUCAACCCCAACACAUCUGACAUCACCCCUUGGGAUGGACUGACCGGCAGUGUUAAGAGCUUGUAUUGCGACUCGGAUUCUGGAAUCGUGUACGUCGGCGGCUCUUUCUCUGCGGCGAACUCCACCAACGCCCUUGCAUGGGCAGACGGCUGGACGAACCUGCCUUUCGCCGGUUUCAACGGACCCGUUUCUUCCAUUGUAAAGAAUUCUGAUGGCCACAUCAUUUUCGGAGGAUCGUUUGAUGGACUGGGAAACACUACUACUCCAAAGCAGAAGGACCAGCAGAUCAUUCCCUUGGGGGCCGGAAACAUCACCUCCCAAGCUGCCUCGUCGAAGAGCGGAUUCAGUGACCCCAGGAACAUCCUCUGCAAGUCAGGGCAAGGUGGAUCUGGCAAUGCUUUUUUGUUGAAGGACGCUUCACCAGGAUUCUGGAAGGCCGAGUUCCAGUUUGGAUUCCAGCCUACUAAGCUACGCCUGUACAACACCAACGAGGAUGGCCGUGGAACAAGGACAUGGCGCUUCACUGCCCUGCCCGAUGGCGGUAUCAUGAACCUCACCCAUGUUGAUGCCGAUGGAAAUAACAUCACGUGUGAUGCUCGCUGCCCUCUUCCGCAAGGUAACACCACGCACCAGGACUUCCACUUUGUCAACCAGGUCGGCAUGAAUGCCUUCCGCAUCGAUAUCUCAGAAUGGUACGGUGACGGUGCUGGCCUGGCUGGCAUUGAGUUGUACCAAGAUGACAUUUACGCUUUUGCUAUCAACGACUUUAACCACCCUACCUGCGAAAGCACCAACACGUCGGCCACCGCUACUCAAACUGGCCCCUGGGAAAUCGAACCAUCUCACUCUAGCAGCUCAGAGUGGCUCAGCGCGAACUUCACGAGUGGAGAGAGCGUCGACAGCACUUCGGCUUCCGUGGUUUUUAAGCCUAACGUUAAGCAGUCUGGCAAUUACACUGUACGCCUGUACACUCCCGGAUGUAAACAAGACAACACUUGCGAGAUCCGCGGGCAGGUCAACGUCACAGGAACAAUGACCAAUGGUACCACGACUGCAGGUGCGCCCAUCUCGAUGACCUUGUUCCAGACAAACUACUACGACAAGUACGACACAAUCUAUUAUGGUUACAUAGACGCGAUUUCCGACUCCUUCCGCCCGUUUGUCGAGCUCACGCCUGCCGACGGCCAACAAGGGCCUCUCAACAUUGUCGCUCAGCGUGUGCGCUUCGAACUCAUGAGCUCCUCCUCUGGCGGCCUCAAUGGCCUCUACGAAUACGACCCCGGCCUCGAUACCGUCAGUGACGAUUUCUCGGCCUCUGUUGUCGACACUGCUGGCUCCCAACUCAGCGACUCUGCGGGGAUCAAUGUCAUGGUAACCGACGGCAAUGCGAUGUACAUUGGCGGCAAUUUCAGCAGCAGUAAUGUCAGCCACAUUUUCGCCAUCAAGGAUAAUACAACUGUCAGCCUUGCAGACGGCGGCCUCAACUCCGAGGUCCGCGCUCUGUACAUCAACGGCACGGACCUCUUUGUUGGUGGCAACUUCUCCAACACAGCCAAAAACACCGUGGACGGUUUGAACGGCGUCGCGCUGUAUUCGACAUCCGACAACACCUGGACCCCCCUGGGCGCUGGUAUCAACGGCAGUGUUGCUCAGAUCAUCCCUCUCAGCCUCAACUUGACGAACGACACUCCAGAGUUCGUCCUUGCACUGAGCGGCGACAUUACGGCUGUUCAGGCUUUCGGGCAAAAUGCGACUUUCUCCGUUGAAGGCAUGGCGCUUUGGUCUCCCUCGAGGGGAAACUGGGUUCGCAACUUGGAUGUGCAGGCGAUUGCGGUUUCUGGUCAGCUCAAUGCUUGGACGGAUGUCCCGGAUUCCGAUCCCCUGUUUGCAGGAGCUGUCGCGUCUCAGGCUUUGGAAGCGAGUGGCGCUGUUGGCCUGAUCAACGCGGAACAGCUUGGCUUGCAACGCUACCCCAUCCAGAUUCAGCCUGAGGCCGAGUCUGCCUCGUCAAAUCUUACCAAGCGCUCGACAAGCUCUCAGAGCGUUACCGGCGUGGUCACUGGGCUGGUCUACGAACAGAACAGCCUGAACAUCACCGUCAUCGGUGGUCAUUUCUCGGUUAUGGGCACGGACGGUUCCGAGUUCAACAACCUCCUCUUCGUCAACACCUCCAACUCUGACCAGGUCACCGGCCUUAGCGACCAAUUGGACGCUACGGCUACUAUCGUCGCCCUUGCUACUCAGGAUUCGGAUUCGACUCUAUGGGUCGGCGGUAGAUUCACUGGCAAUGCCAGUGACACGGAGCUCAAUGGGCUCUUCUCUUACAGUCUCGCCAAUGCUGAUUUCUCCAGCACUCAGCCCCAGGCUCUCGACCGUAGCAGCGGUGCAGUCUCAGUCAACGCCAUUGCGCCUCGGCCAGACUCUGGCGAUGUCUUCGUAGGUGGAGAGUUUGACUCGGCUGGUGCUUUCACUUGCCCUGCUCUCUGCGUCUACGCCACCGAUCGUGGCCAAUGGGUCAGCCCUGGCAACGGGCUGUCGGGCUCGGUUUCGGUCAUGCUUUGGGUCACACAGAACGAGCUCCUCCUUGGCGGCAAUCUUACCGCCGAUGACAACACCACGGCGCUCGUCACUUACACGGUCAAGGAUUCGUCAUUCAAGACUCUUCCUGGGUCUGAGCAGGUUCCUGGACCAGUCGAUGCAAUCACAGCAGCCGACAGCGAUGGAACUCGGUUUUGGGUUGCAGGCACAGCCUCGAAUGGGUCGGCUUUCGUCAUGCUCACGGGUACUGGUGCCGACGACUGGGUGUCGGUUGGAGAGGGCCUCGGCGAAGGUUCCGUCGUCCGCGGCCUCCAAGUUUUCUCCAUCAAGGAGGAUCACGACUCGAACGAGAACCUAGACAAGGACAAGAUCCUUAUGGUGCUGGGCGAGCUCAACGUUCCUGGAUUCGGAAACGCGUCGGCGGUUACCUACAACGGCACCGAUUUCCAGCCCUUCAUCCUCUCUACUACGGCCAGCAACGGCCAAGGUAGUCUCUCGCAAGUCUUCGUUGAGAAGCCCCAAAACGUCUUCCGGACAAGUGGUGGCAAUCUUGCGCUCGGAUUGGUGGUGCUCAUCGCGCUCGCCAUCUCACUGGCGCUGAUCAUGCUGCUUGUCGUGGCGGGUAUCGCAGCCGAACGCAUCCGCAGAGCGCGUGAAGGCUACGUGCCGGCGCCGACGCAGAUGGGAGACAAGAAUGCCAACAUAAAUCGCAUCCCGCCGGAGCACAUUCUCGGCAACCUCGAAAACCCGGGGGCGCCGGAAAGGCUCUGA